CCUCUGCCUACGCCGCGCCAGGUGCCGUGCGGCCCGCGGGAAGGUCCAACUCUCUAUGUGUGUCCACUCUUCCUUGAGAAAUGUCCAAUGUUUCCAGUUACGCCCUUCGAAUGGCUCGGCUGAGUGCUCAGAUAUUUGGAGAAGUUGUCAGGCCAACUGACUCAAAAUCAAUGAAAGUAGUGAAGUUAUUUAGUGAGCAGCCUUUGGCCAAGCGGAAGGAGGUCUACAGCUGGUAUCCUCCUCACAACACCUACUACGGCCUCAUGAAGAAACUCCGUUACUUUGGUCUCUACAGGGAUGAGCAUCAGGACUUUAAGGAUGAGAUGAGGCGAUUGAAAAAACUCCGUGGGAAGGAAAAGCCAAAGAAGGGGGAAGGAAAGAGAGCUCUCAAGAAGAAAUAGUGCUGCUUGGACAAUGUAAUGAACUACUCUGGAAAUGCUGGACAACAGCUGUAACCCAGGCUUUCUGUUCCUGUCUGGAGAGGGCUUGGCAUGCGAGCUGCAUGUGAGGCACAAGAAAUUCACUGUGAAAUACUGGAGUCCACCUUGGGAGUGCACUUGGCUUUUCAUGGCUUUACUGGUUUUGAAUUUCUGUGAUUUAAAUACACUGCAGCAUGUUAAUUUGUCAGAGCCCUCUCGCCCAAGUAGUAAAAACAAUAUUCAAAUAAGUGCUCAGUGUUUUUCUUGAAAGCACCUGUUUCAGUUUUUCUUAAUCUCGAAAAUUGUUUGGUUUUCAUUGUCUGUUUUACUUUCUUGGAUUAAUAUCAACGCUUUUUUUGCAUGUCACCAUGAAACAAGGUUUCCUGUUUCUAGUGCUGUCUGUCAUGGCUAUUACAAGGAGUUUCACUUCAGGUAGCUUUAAUGAUCUUCGGGGUUUUGUAACUUGCUGUUAGCUAUCAUUCUGCAUUUUGCACUGGACAUUCAUGGUCCGUUGCCUGCCCACAGCACUGUCACUGUACCCUGAAUAUUUAGAUACUGCCGCAGAAGAGUUUGAAAUAUGAAGGCUUAAACUCUUCCAGUUUGAGAACCUCUACUAAUUAAAAUAAGUAUUUUAAGUUUACCAUAA